UUGGAUCCAGACCGGUAGGCUCAAAUAUUAAAAACCCGCAAUCCAUCGGCUUAUCGGGCACCCUAUAAAUGUUACCAUAAUUUCCCUCUUCGCCUUCGAAACCCUAGUCUUCACAGCAUACACAGUCUCGGGCUUAACUUCUCCAUCUCUAUAGCCAUGGCCGAUGUUGAGACCGACGUUGCUGCUGCAGGCCUGCCAAAGAAGAGAACGUUCAAGAAGUUCAGUUUCAGAGGAGUGGAUUUGGAUGCUCUCUUGGACAUGUCCACUGAUGAGCUCGUCAAGCUCUUUCCUGCUCGUGCUCGCAGAAGGUUUCAGCGAGGUUUGAAGAGGAAGCCAAUGGCGUUAAUAAAAAAGCUUCGCAAGGCGAAAAGGGAGGCUCCACCUGGUGAGAAACCUGAGCCUGUCAGGACUCAUCUCCGGAACAUGAUCAUAGUACCUGAAAUGAUUGGUAGCAUUAUCGGGGUUUACAAUGGCAAGACCUUUAAUCAGGUUGAAAUCAAACCUGAAAUGAUAGGCCAUUACUUAGCUGAGUUCUCCAUUUCUUACAAGCCUGUGAAGCAUGGGAGACCCGGUAUUGGUGCUACCCACUCAUCCAGGUUUAUUCCGCUUAAGUGAAGAUUUUGCAUAUGCCAUGAACUACUGGCCGCAUGGGAGUGCUUUACCAUCUUAGUUUAAAUUUUGCUGCCUUUGUUUUUAGCAGUGUUGCCUCACGUUGAAUGAGUGUUGGAAAGUUUAACUAGUUUAUUUGAAAUUCUCUUUGGGUUAAUGAGUUAUAAAUAUCGACUUGAUGUCUAUUUUGGGAAA